AUGGGCUUCGUAGUGAAAAAAAAAGAAAAAGAUGAAGAUGGCGAAAAAAGUAAUGAAAGUAGCGAUUCAUCUUCAAAUACUAUAAGUGAAGGUGAUGACCUUGGAGCAGUACUUGUACCGUCAACACCGAAAUCAAAGUUGAAGAAGAAAGCAGAGGCAAAAAUGCCCAACGAUGAUGAUGAAAACGUCAUGCAAACACCUCUCGAUAAACUGAAUCGUGUGCCGAGGCGUAGAAAUGAGAAGUUAGCAGCAUUACUGGAAAAAACAUUGAAAGCUCAAGCUGAAUCUCCAAAGAAAAUGGGAUCGUCAGCCAAAAUACAUCCUAAAAAAUCUUCUGUCACCUCAUCAUCUGCUUUAUGCAGUACCAAUUAUCCUUCACGAACACGUUCUGCACGUGUCAAUUUAAACGAACGUUUUGCUGCAGAAGAUAAACUAAAAAAGGAGAGCAAUUCUUCUUCUAGCAUAUCACCAGAAAUGCUACGUGCUCCAAUAAGCUUAACACUGGAUAAAAAAAUCAUUGGACGGUAUCGUAAACGCAUCGAAGAAAUCCGUCAAUCUGCGCCUACAAGCAAUAAAGAUGAGGUAUUUUAUGGUCGUUGUACAUCACGUCACAAUUUGUUUGAUGAUAGCAUUGAUAAGAAGAGUGAUGAGAAGAUUAAAGCACGAUCUACAUGUAUUCAGAAAAAUCGUAGCGGUCGUUCAGUACAAGCAAGCCAAAAAGUUUAUAUGGCUCAUGCUUUACUUAACGUGUACAAUAACGAUCCUCUGAAUCCUUCAAAGCCGCCCAAGGAAGCUUCAUUUAAAUUACAUCGUCUUAUCCGUCCAGCAUGUAAAUCUGACAAAAAGAAACUAUCUAAGCUACGACUUCGAGUAGCUCGUGAAAAGUCUCUACCGUCACUUUGGAAUAGUGCAUCAUGUGCUGAAGAUGCUUCUGAUUCUUCUCAUGACAGCAAAGCAAAGUCAGAAAGUCCUCCAGGAAAAUUCACGGAAGGAAACGAAGAGCGAAAAUUUGAUCACAUGGAGAAGUUAUCAGAAAAAGAAAGUUUAAUUAAGUCAGAGGAUGUUUUCAAAGAACCGGAUUCAGGAAAAUUAUCUAAGAGUUCUACUUGCAGUCUUAAGAAUACAGGCACUAGCUCUGAUUCUUCUUGUGCAUCAUCAGUGGAAAAAAGGGCUAGAAAAAGAAAAGGUUCUUCGUCCUCAGCAAAUGGAUUGUCGCUAAAUCAGCUGCAUUAUUUGGAUAAAUUACAGGAUGAAUCGCCAGUGAGAGGAGAACUGGUGAAGGAUUUAAAUGAAACAAAGAAAAUUGCUGAGUCGUUUGGCACUGCCAUCGAUUUUGUUCCAGAGGGAUUGGACUCAGAAAAUGCUUCAGAGCAAAUCAUGAAUGUUGAUCAAGAAACUGCAGUAGGUACCAUCGGGUAUGAAACUGAGAAUCAGUCAGGUUCCAUGGGAAUAUCAAAUAAUAUCGAAUAUGAAACUGAAGAUCGUUUAACUUCCUCCGAAAUAUCCACUAAUAUGAAAGAGAGAUGCGCUGAAGAAAUGGAAUCAUUAUCAAAUAAUGUCGAAAAAAAACAAAAUAUGGAUGGAUCUUAG